CCGGAAGUGAGCCUGGUUAACUUCUCUUAGCCCAGAUCAGCAUCUUUGCGGCGUCUGUCAGAUAAACACAUACCUUUAAAUUCGCUGCUGCAUUGGUUUGUGGAUUGCACUGUCGCCUUGAUUAUUUUUUGACGAUUUAAGGUCGUUAUAAAAGUUUGUGUUUGCUUUAACGGCGCUUGUUCAGUCGAGGAAGUCGAUUUUAUGUCUUUGUUUUCCCGUCGCUAGUGUCAAGGAUAUUACAUAACAGUAAAUAUGGCGCUAAGCCGUUAAUGUGGUCCAAAACGGGUCUGUUUUUUAAAUAAAUAACUCUCGAAACACGUUUCGUUGAGUGAGCUUGUUUAAAUUUAAACUAGCAGGAGUUAUUUUUUCGACAAUGGGGAUCAACAGGAUCUACAUUAGCAUAGCGUAUGCAACCUUUGGUACACUGGUUGGACUUUCGGCGUUCUUAGUCUGGAAUAUAGCCUAUAAUCAGCCGUGGACGGCGGCCAUGGGUGGACUGUCAGGAGUGUUGGCGCUGUGGGCUCUGGUCACACAUAUCAUGUACCUUCAGGACUACUGGCGAACCUGGCUCAAGGGGCUGAGGUUCUUUAUUGUUGUUGGUGUUCUCUUCUCCAUUUUGGCACUGACUGCCCUCAUCACCUUCCUCACUCUGGCCAUCACACAGAAGCAAUCUCCUACUGACCCCAGGAGCCUCUACCUCUCUGGUGUGUGGAGCUUCCUCACCCUGAAGUGGUCCUUCCUUUUAGCUCUGUACUCCUACAGGUACCGUCAGGAGUUUGCAGACAUCAGCAUCCUCAGUGAUUUCUAGCCUGGACUGAUGUAACAGACCGGUGGACUUUUGGAGGAUUUUUGGCUCCUGACGCAGGGGCUUUACAAAGAGCUUUUUAACAAAGACGGGGAAAUCCAGACAUGGCUUGAUUUAAACGUCACCCGACCUUUGGUUACAUGGAGUUGCACUCUCGCUUAACAGGUUUUGUUUGUAUUGCCACCUGUUUUCCAACUUUAACGAACUACACAUUUUAUUCAUGUUGCUGUCAAAUAUCUACGGACUGAACUGGAGGAAGGAUUUUAACUUGGGAGUUUAAAAAAAAAACUUAGGUAAAAGGAAAUCCUCAUCACUAAAUGUUUUAUUGUAAUGGUUUGUUGUAAAUUAAAAGACUCUAAGCUGGAACCCUUAGAACCCUGACUAUAACUAAUGACCUAAACUUUGCUGACAACAGGCAGUUGAUAUUGUAUGUCGGAGGUUGUGAUUGUUUUGUUUUUAUCCAAAACAUCAUCAUAAUUAUAGCAUCUUAGUUUUAGAUUUUUUUUUACCUCUUUUAAAAUCAAAUGAAGUGUUUUUUAAUCUGGUCAUUCACUCAUUUAACAGUUGCACUUACAGUUAAAGUGUUUUGAGACAUCGCCCCCUCAUGUUCCUGAGGGGUCGGGGCAUAUUAUAUUUUCAAAUUCUUAUUCUCUCUUUGCUAUUUUUUUAUUUGUUUUUAAAUAAUUGAUCAUAUCCCAUAAUCUUGUGCUGUAGAGUCAGCGCUCCUCACUACUUUCUCCACCGGGGGGACCUGUUUUUGCCUGUGUACAGUUCACAGCCAUUCCUCUUUAGAAAGAAGUUUGUCAAAUAAUUGCACUUUAACCUUUGAUGUCGACGCCAUUGUUUUGCACACACAGCCUGUUACAAGGAAGAAGAAAACGUUCGACUUUCCAUCACUCACGUCUCGCCUUCACUUUCUUGAAAUACACUAUACAGUGCGUGUCCUUCCUGUUGCACCGACUAUUAUACGUGUACGUCAAGUUAGCCUAGGACUUAGGAGUAGUUUAGUUUCAGCUGUAAUGUUUAGUCCACACUCCUCCAUAAACAUGUAAACUGAACUUUUGCUUUGGGAGAUUUGAACUGAAUGUAAAAAUGCUACAUGUUACAUGAAAAGUGAACCUAAUAAAGACGCAUUUAUGAUAAAGUA